CUUAAACAUCUUAUCAAUCUCUGUAACUUGCCAAAAUCACCCUCUUCAGUUCUAUAAAAAACCUCGUUUACAUCAACUUCAUUCCAAGAAAAAUUUCUUACUAAUCUCAUCGUCCAAUAGUAAUUUGAUUUGAUUUCGAUUCGAUCUAUAAAACAAUGGCAACAAAAAGGAGUGUUGGUGAUCUCAAAGAAGCAGAUUUACAAGGAAAGAAAGUAUUUGUAAGAGUUGAUUUGAAUGUACCAUUGGAUGAUAAUUCUAACAUCACUGAUGAUACAAGAGUUAGAGCUGCUGUUCCUACUAUUCAGUAUUUGAUUAGUCAUGGUGCUAGAGUUAUUCUCUCUUCCCAUCUUGGACGCCCAAAGGGUGUUACACCAAAGUACAGCUUGAAGCCACUCGUGCCCAGACUGUCUGAGCUUAUUGGUAUCAAGGUUGAGAUGGCAAACGACUGUAUUGGAGAGGAAGUUGAGAAGAUGGUUGCUGCAAUCCCUAAUGGAGGUGUUCUACUUCUUGAGAACGUCAGAUUCUACAAGGAGGAAGAGAAGAAUGACCCAGAGUUCGCAAAGAAGUUAGCUUCCCUUGCUGACCUAUAUGUCAAUGAUGCUUUCGGAACUGCCCACAGAGCCCAUGCUUCCACCGAGGGAGUUACCAAGUUCUUGAGGCCUUCUGUUGCUGGAUUCCUCAUGCAAAAGGAACUUGACUAUCUUGUUGGAGCUGUGUCAAACCCCAAGAGGCCAUUUGCUGCCAUUGUUGGUGGUUCAAAGGUCUCAUCCAAGAUUGGAGUUAUCGAGUCUUUGUUGGAGAAAGUUGAUAUCCUUCUCUUGGGUGGAGGAAUGAUCUUUACAUUUUACAAGGCCCAAGGCCUCUCUGUUGGAUCUUCCCUUGUUGAGGAAGACAAGCUUGAGCUUGCAUCAUCUCUUAUGGAGAAGGCUAAGGUCAAGGGAGUGUCUCUUUUGUUACCCACUGAUGUUGUGAUUGCUGACAAAUUUGCUCCUGAUGCCAACAGCAAGACAGUUGCUGCAUCUGCUAUCCCAGAUGGUUGGAUGGGAUUGGACAUUGGUCCAGAUUCCAUCAAAACAUUCAGUGCGUCCCUUGAUACAACCCAGACUGUCAUCUGGAACGGACCCAUGGGAGUUUUUGAGAUGGAGAAGUUUGCUUAUGGAACUGAUGCAAUUGCUAAAAAGUUGGCAGAACUAAGUGGAAAGGGAGUGACAACAAUCAUUGGAGGUGGUGACUCAGUUGCAGCUGUAGAGAAAGUUGGUCUUGCUGACAAGAUGAGCCACAUCUCAACCGGAGGAGGUGCCAGUUUGGAGCUCCUAGAAGGCAAGCCACUCCCAGGAGUCCUCGCCCUAGAUGAUGCUUCAGCUUAGAGACAGAACAAGAUUCUUUCCUUGUUCAUUUUUCCGUUUUCGUAUUUUUAUCUUGAGAGAGAUUGUGGUUUCCCUGAGGUGAUGGUAUAUUUGCCUGGGUUUCAUGUUAGGACAAGGUUUAGAACCCUUAUGAUUAGACGAAACAAAAAUAUGAGUUGGUGUUGUAGAGGCUGUUUGAUCUGCAGAGGCUUCUUCAAUAAUGUGUGCUGUCAUAGCACAAGAAAAUAGAACAAUGAGUAUUUAUGAAUAUGAGCCUCUUUUAGUGCUUUCUUUUUGUAGCAAA